UAGGAAUUAUAUUAGAUGAUGGAGAUCGAUCGGUAGCAUAUAUAACCGGCCAUUAACCAAGCUCUCUAGCUAGUACUAAGCCAUUGGACAUGGAGGAGGUAAUACGGUUGUAUGUGACCUUGUUAGUGGUGUUAAUGGGGUUGGCGGGGAGAGGAGAAGGACAAUUAGCGGAGAACUUCUACGCAUUCACUUGCCCAAACGUCGAAGCCAUAGUUAGACAGACGGUGUCGACCAAGUUCAGCCAGACCUUCACCACCAUUCCCGCCACUCUGCGGCUCUUCUUUCAUGACUGCUUCGUCGAGGGUUGCGAUGCAUCAGUGUUGAUUGCAUCACCAAAUGGGGAUGCAGAAAAGGAUGCAAAAGAUAAUUUGUCCCUUGCUGGGGACGGCUUCGAUACCGUUAUUAAGGCAAAACAAGCUGUUGAAGCUGUGUGCCCAGGUGUGGUAUCCUGUGCCGAUGUCUUGGCCAUUGCCGCCAGAGAUGUUGUCGUCUUGGCAGGAGGACCAUCAUUCAACGUGGAAUUGGGACGUCGUGAUGGCCUCAUCUCUCAGGCAUCACGAGUAGAUGGCAAUCUUCCACAACCAGAAUUCAACAUUGGCCAACUCACUUCCAUCUUCAGCAAGAACAACCUCAGUCUAAUCGACAUGAUCGCGCUUUCUGGUGCCCACACCGUUGGCUUCUCCCACUGCAACCGUUUCGCAAAGAGGCUUUACUCCUUCAGCCCAUCUUCCCCGGUGGACCCUUCCUUGGACCCAAACUACGCCACGCAGCUAAUGGCGGAAUGCCCCCAGAAUGUGGACCCCACAAUCGCCGUUAACAUGGAUCCUGUAACCCCAAACAAAUUCGACAACGUAUACUACCAGAAUUUGGUUGCGGGAAAGGGGCUAUUCACUUCCGACGAGGUGCUCUUCACCAACCCCGCCUCCCAGUCUACCGUAAAAGAUUUUGCUUCAAACCCCUUCAACUUCAAUGCAGCAUUUGCCACGGCCAUGGUUAACCUGGGCAGGGUGGGUGUGAAGACAGGUGCGCAAGGACAGAUUAGGAGGGACUGUACGGCUUUCAAUUCUUGACAAUAUCAUUAAUUAUGCUUUAAGCCUUUAACAAACAAUAAGGCUCAAGACUCCAGAGAACAGGGCGUCGCUGCAGCCUGCAGGACUUGUCUCACCAACAAAACCCAAAACUAAACAAUCAGCAGCUACUGUGCUAUUAUGAUUUACAAAUUAUGGGUGUUAUGACUUUGACGGAGUCGGAGUGUCACUGUGUUCUUCUCCAAUAAAGUUCCGCUAGAUCUGUCUUCCCAAAUUCAAAUUGUCGGUUGCCUGUCA